CACUCGGCCGCCAGCUUGCUCGGCCAUUGGCACAAUAACACGCUCAACGCCGUAGCCAAGGAAUUACUCCUGUCCAUCGUUUUUCUCGCCCACUUUAUUUGACUCCCCCGAAACAAUGGCAGAUGCCAAAGUUGACUCCGCGUCGGAAAUCUCAGCCAAGGAAUUGAAGGACAAGAAGCUCGUGGAGGAGAAGGAGAACGGCAAAGAUUCCGCCACCAAUGGAAAGGAGAACGAGGAGAACGGCGAGCCCGAGAUUGACGACGAGGAAGACGACGAGGUGGAUGACGAGGACGAGGAAGAUGAUGGCGAAGGUGACGAGGAGGAUGAGGAUGAAGACGAGGAUGAGCUGGAGUGCGGCACAAAGCGGGCGGCCGAUGACGACGAAGACGACGACGACGAGGACGACGUGGAGACCAAGAAGCAGAAAACCGAUGACGAUGAUUGAUGCGGCGGCUCCCGACGGCGGUGGCCCACCGGGCUGCUUCCUGUGGUUGUUCUCAGGGGGCGGGGCCGGAGGAGCGCUCAUCCAAACAAAAGAAAAUGUGGUCAUUAGCGAGUAGAUUUCAACGCCCGCCGUCCUCACGCACAAUCCGGCCUCAACAACGACUACAGCGGAGAAUUAGUUUGUAUUUUUAUUUACAUUUUAUAUUUUUGUACAUAUUGUUGGGAAGGAAGCAAAUGUUAUGUCUUGGUUAACAAGAUCUAUAACCAUAUGACACCCAAGCCCAGUCCAAAACGUUUUUGGCCGUUGAACUCAGAGCAUUCCACUUAAUUCCAUUUAAUGUAUGUACUUGAGCUGUACCAUAGAACGACUUUGUGCUUGCUCGCUCGCUUGCUGGCUGGCUGGCUUGGAUGGAGGAAGGCCGAAGAAAAGAAGAGCCUCUUUCUUUUUUGUUUAUGGUUGUUUUCUGGCCGCCUGUUUUGGUGUACGUGCAAAGUUUGUCGUUUGACAAUAAACCGGACUUUUAUUUUGUGACUUUUA